AAGAUUUGAACUAUGGAGACUGCUGUUUUGGGCAUGCUCGUUAACUGUGUAAACACUUGGCUAUACUCAUUCAUUUUUACAAUAUAUUCGUGUGGUGUAAAAGGUCCAUGUUACCCCCUACACUGACUGAAAUUUCUACAAGGUCACUAAAAAGAGAGAAUACCAACAUGAAUGUGUUGUGGGUCACACUGCUUCUUCUUCAUCGAGGAUACACACUUAUUCCAGUAACUAAGGUUCAACUUGGUGAACCUGCAACUUUGCUGUGUGACCUGCCUAAGACCGAGUACAGCCAUAGAGUCGAUUGGUACAAGCAGAGUCCUGGAGACACUCUGCAAAGAAUUUGGACAGUGAAGGACUCUGCAGCACCUGCCUUUGCACCUGAGUUCAACAACUCAAAAUGGGAUGUUAAGUAUGACAAGAAAUUGAGCAAACUGACCAUUUUGAGGACAAGACAAGAGGACGAAGGAAUGUAUCACUGUGGAUUCACAGCGUGGCUCCAAGAUACCAAAUGGACUGCGACAUAUUUGUUAGUAAAAGGAAACACCCAGAGAACAUCAAACUAUUCUGUUGUUCAAAAGAAGAUAGCCCCUCCAGGAGGCUCAGUCACUCUUCAUUGUUCACUCCUCUCUAAUUUUGAUGACAAGACAUGUUCCGGAGGUCUCAGUAUGUUCUGGUUUAGAGAAGGAUCAAAUCCAUCUCAUCCUAGCAUCAUCUACACUGACGGAAACAGACAUCAUAAAUGUGGGAAUAGCUCUGCGACUCAGCAGAGUUGUGUUUAUGAAUUCAAUAAAAGUAUUAGCUCCUCAGAAGAAGGGACUUACUAUUGUGCUGUGGCCACAUGUGGGAAGAUAUUGUUAGGAAAAGGAACUAAACUUCAAGUUCCAGGAUGCAGCGUGUGGUCACAGAGUGCCACUACAGUUAUUUUUCUGCUGUGUCCCGUCUUGGUUCUGAUUGUUAUUGCUGUCCUCACUUACACAAUCAAGAAAACCAACAGUGAUUAUUGCAAAGCUACUAUCCUGGAGAAAAACUCUGGUGAUUUCAAAAGACAACAGGAAAAGGACACAUCAGUGUUUUCUGCUGUCAUCUUUACUAUGAUACAAGAUAAAAAGAACAUAAAGGCCGUGAAGAGGCAGCAGAUUUCCAUGAAUUUUGGACCGGAUUAGAUCUGUUUCCCACGCUUACCCCCAUAACACUGAGGAUGUUUCCUUAGAGCCAAUGGACUUUAAUUUUUUUUUGUAUUUCAUUUUUUUUUGUUCUAUUCCUGUUAAUAAUAGCAUGUUCAAUCAAUUACAAGUAAGCUUAUUGCGUCAUCAUUAAAUAUCUCCAAAAUAACCUUAAUUUUAAAAACAAACAAACAAAAAAAAAAAGCAGGGGUCCCAUCGGUUUUUAAGCGUCUGUUAAAGGACUGCUGCUCCGGCCUUUUUCUGCCUAUACAGAGGAUUGAUGAUGCUAAUCAGACAGAAAACCUGUAGUGUACAGUGUCUUCUAGUGACUCUCUCCUCUCUUUUUUUCUUUUACUUUUGUUGUGGAGCAACCAAAAGCUGCAUAGUUCAUAGCCUGAAAAGACAUAUAUGUUUGAAUUUAUAUCAUUAAUAGCAGGUAGAAUGAGAUCAGUGCAAGUGUGUAGAAUUAUACUUUUCUUUAAUGACAUAUUCUAACAUGAGUCUAAGAUUUAAAAAAAAAAAAUUCUUGGCAUUGUACUUUUGUUUCAAUUUAUAGCUUAGCGUUACUUUUCUUCUGGCCAGA